AUGGGCUCUCUUUCGUCUCCAACCGUCCUCACACCUUAUCAGGUGCUUUCCAAAUAUAAGAAAUUCCCUGGUCCCGAUGAGGAGUUCUGGUGGGAUCAUGCAGCGUCCACGUUGGCCGAUCUUAUCAAGUGGACCAAGGCCACCCCUGCCCAACAAUAUGAGUUCCUGCAGUUCUUCUAUGAACAUGUCAUCCCCAACUUCUCGUGGUAUCGACCUUAUGAUGUGCCCGGUCGGGCAUGGAACACGGGUAUUACCCCCAGUGGGCUGCCCCUGGAAUACAGCGUCAAUUGGCGAAACAUUGACGCAAAUGCAAUGGUCCGCGUUGGCGUGGAGCCAAUCAGCCACUUCGCGGGCACUGCUCGUGAUCCAUACAGUCAUUACAAGAUCUGGGACACGCUGAACCAACUGUCGCAGGUCAAGGCACUGAAGUCCUUCGACCUUGAGCUAUGGCGGCACUUCUCCAGCGCUUUGUGCACAAGUCGCGAAGAGGAGGCCUUACUUGACCAGACGCGCACGCUGCCCGAGUCCUUCUCCAUUGCGAAGAUGCAACACUCGAUGGGAUUUGACUUUUGUGACGAUGAGGUAGUCGUCAAGAUCUACUUGAUCCCCAAUAUGAAGGCACGCGCCUCAGGGACCCCCCUGGCAGAGCUGCUGACGGGGUCCAUUCACGCCAUCUAUCGCGACACGAUUGAUCGCGAGACGCUGGCCACCGUGAUCAACUAUUUGGAUAGCACUAGUAACUUCAACGAUGCCACCUGGUUCUCAUUCGACUGCAUCCCGCGCAGCCAGUCGCGCAUCAAGCUCUACGGCUCGGAUUUCCACACCACCUGGAGCCGGGCCGAGGACCUGUGGACCGUCGGCGGCCGCUACACGGACGCAGUCACGAUGAAGGGUCUUACCUAUCUUAAGGAGCUCUGGAAUCUGCUGCCCAUUCAGAACUUCGAGACGCUGCCUGAGCAGGCUGUGCAAAAUCCCCCCAUGCUAUGGGCUUACGAAAUUCGCCCUGGUGACAAGAUACCAUCGCCCCGGAUCUACAUCCCUGGUCACUGUCUCAACGAUAAGAUGGUGGCCGAUGGAUUGUCGGCUUUCUUUAAGCGGGUAGGAUGGUCGGACCUGGGCGAUCAGUAUACAGAUCGCUUGUUCUCAAUGUUGUAG